AUGUCUUGGUGGUGUUUCUGUGGUGUGUUGGCGGUGCUCCGGCUGCGUCUUGGUGGCAUUGAAGGUCUACAGCCUCUCAUCCGCGAUGUGGACCCAUCAUUACGAUAUGAUGGACUGGAAGCCAUGAUUCGCAUUGCUUUGAUGGUCUAUGCACGUGGCGAUGGGGAAGAGGUCGCCCAAUGCUAUGGCAAAAUUUUCCGGCCUUUUGCUUCAAGUGUUGGCGAUCCGGACGAGAAUGUCCGCGCCCUGGCGUUGGAGGGUAUCUCAUCAGUCCUGAAGAGAGGAGACCACGAGACAGGAUCUCGCAAGACUCGUGCGUUGCCGCUCCUAGCCUCUGCGAGUGGAGCAGUGGCGAUCUCCCAGUUGCAACAGGCUUUCACCGCUUUCCGGUCCUUGCCUCCCAGUGACGACAUUGAGAAUCCGGUGUCCAGAUCACUUCGAGGUGCAGCCCAAGGACCUCAAGCAGCGAAUGUGAGCAGUUCAUGGACGUUUUUAAGUGGUGCAUUUGUCACCGCUGGUGGGGUCGCUGCAGCAAGGAGUCGCAAGGCAACCACCAGAGCAGUGGCAGGUCCAGCUCCGUUGAAGACCAUGACGCGGCCUUGCCGCGUGGCCCGCCGCGCCGUGGAAGUGGGGGACAUCGGCAGCAUGGCUCAGCUGGUGGUGGAUGAUCCGCAGAUUGCCGUGACGGCUAUGCAUGCGGCCUCUCAGACCGCCUCAGAAGCCAUGGCUCAGCUGAUGACUCUCCUGGGCCCCGUCCAGCCAGCUGCCGCAUUUGACUUGGCAGAGACCGGCAGCAAGACCUGGGAAUCCAUCGCAGGCUUCUUUUUCGAUCCUCGACUCCAAUGGGAUGAGAACGGAAAUGUCCUCCUUGAUCCACAAGGCAAUCCUUUGCCGGACAAUCUUUGGACACAGUUCGUGGCCUUCCAAGCCACUUUGAUUAAGCGCUUGGAUGAGACCAUCUCGGGGCUGGGCAUUCCUCAAUCCUUUGGUUUUGCAGUGGCCACCUAUACCCUGCUCAUCAGAGCCUUGCUGUACCCCUUCGUCAAGGGCCAGCUGGAGACAACGGCCAAGAUUCAGAUCCUAGCACCCAGGGUGAACGAACUUCGAGAGAAGUACAAGGAUGACGAAGAGAGGUUGCAGCAGGAAGUUGGCUUGUUGUACAUGGAUUUGCAGGUCGAUCCCCUUGGUGCAGUGGUGCCACUCCUGGUGCAGUUGCCGGUCUUUUGGGGUUUGUAUCGAGCCAUUCGCCGCCUGGCAAUUGUGGAGUACCCUCAUUUGAAAGAUGGCUUCCUUUGGAUCCCGUCUCUGUAUGGUCCAAACUUCAGGCCUGACCCAAGCUUCGAUUGGAUCAUGAACUGGGAAGGGCCCCUGAUCAAUCUGCAUCCCAAGAUUGGCUGGAGUGAAUUCAGUCUCUAUGCGAUUCUGCCUGUGGCCAUCUUCUUGUCCUACCGUUCUGUGAUGUCAGAGGCCUUGGAGGAUGAGAAUGCCCCGAAGCUCUUGCAGUUCACCCCUUUCCUCCUCAGUGGUAUCACCAUUGAGCUUCCACAGGCCAUGGGCAUUUACAUUGCGGCCAACAUUGCAUCCUCCUUUGCAUUGACCAGCUACACCAAGAACCAGAUCUCCUCCCAGAUCCCCGGCUACGAGGAGUUCGUGAAGACCGGUGAGUGGCCGGAGGGCGUGGAUGGGGAGAAGGUCUUGGAGAAGGCAUUCGGGGUGAAACGCCUCACAGCUGAGGCGCAACAGGAUCCCCAAAGCGUGCCAGAGGCCGUGUUCGCAGGGAGGGCCGACCACAUCCCCACCUUGCUGAAGAAUGGACGCAAGAUCGAUGAGUUUGACGACAAAGGAAUCCCAGCCAGCAUGUACACCUUGGCCUUGAACAACUCCAAGAUGCUGGAGCAGCUGCUAGAGCUUGGUGCAGAUCCCAGAGUUGUAGAUAAGCGAGGAAACAACUUGCUGCACUAUGCCUCGGGCUACGGUCGAGCAGAGUUUUUGCCUUUUCUGCUCGACAAGGGCUUGAAAGAUUUGCUGGAUGAGACCAAUGAGGAUGGGCAGACCCCCCUGGAUGUGGCCAGGUUAAACCUGUCGCAGGCAAAGACCGCAGAUGCGGUUCGCCCGGUGAUUGCUCAACUGAAGGAGGUGGGAGCCAAGGGCAAGGUCACCAGUGAUGAUGACGAAGCCAGGUUUGAGAAGGCUAGAGAGGACAUGAUUCAAGAGGAGCAGGUGAAGAAGGCCAGAUCUGCGCUGAAGGCGUUGGCCAUGGCGGCUCAAAAGCAGGAACAUGAUGCCCAACCUGUUGAAGCACCGGAACAUCCGGACGGCGACCUCCUGGAUCAACGGGUGAAGUCACCGCUCAAUGCUUCGCUGGAAAGGGUUCGAUCGCUGAAUUUGGAUGAGCUCAGAGAAAGGUUGGGCGGAAAAAUGUCGGAGGAGCAGCUCGAGAAGUUGUCCAGGAGACUGUCCACCAUGAGCCCAGAAGACUUGGCCAAGUUCGCUGCAGGUUUGCCUUCUGUGAAGGCCGAGAAGGAGAAGAAAGAAGCGGCUUCCAGAGAGGAAGAAAGGCGUGAUCGUGGACUGAGAGAUGCAGCUACGCCGAAUCGCGAUUUGGUGGCACCACACCUGAAGGACUGGCGUGGCGGGGUUCGCCGCACCGCGGUGGAUGCGUUGGCACGGCUCUUCACAGGCGGCCUGGCCAAAGACAACGUUUUGACCAAGCUGGUAGCCUGUGUUGAAGACCAAGACAUCGAAGUCCGAAAUUCCACCGUGCGAACGCUGUUGGCAAUAUGUCCUGAGGGCAACCAGGCAGCCAUCUCCGCUUUGAUUACAAAGGUGAAGAACUCACCACGGGAUGUGCAGGCACUUGCGAGUGAGGUCUUGGGUGUUGUGGCAAAGCCUGGUGACGUGAAAGUCAUCAAGGGGUUUGCACUGAUACUUCAGACGACUCUCAGUUGCAGAAGAUCCCUCGGGGAAGACCAGAUAACAGAACAGAAGCCAAGGAGUGAUGAUGCCCGUGUUCGGCGCAAUGCGGCCAUAGGAUUGGGAAAGAUGGGUCAGGGGCCCCAGGCAGUUGCGCAACUUGCUCGCUGUCGCCUUGUGAUGGGGCAUUUGAUGCAUGGGACUUCCAUCGCUGACCAUGUUGUGCAGCUGGCUUCUGUCACUGCCUCUGCAUCUCUUGCCGAGGUGUGUGUGGAAGCAUUGUGUGCCGCGUUGGGCUGCACUCUGGACCUACCCAUAGUGGACCUCCAGUGGAUUGCAGACGAGCCAGCAAGGCGCCUUGCAGAAGAGGAGGCCCAAAGAGCCUGGAGUGCCUCGCAAAAUCCCGCGGAACAGAAGGAGGUUGAUUCCGAGGCUGAGGUAUACGACAGCCGGGCUGAAGCGAACGCAAGUGACGCGGAUGUUGACCCAGGGCCAGUUCAGGUCUCACAGCCGGAGCAGUCUCCAGAAAGUGCUGAGCCAGGCACAGAUCAAGUGGCUGACGAAGAUCAAAUGCCAAGCACGGAGACUGAUGAUGCAGUUCCUCGUGUGGAUAUCAGGGCAUUUCCGCUGGGUGAGCUCUAUCCCCACCUUGGCUUUGAUUUGUUGGGGGAGAUUCAGAAGGACUCAGAUGCCUCAGUACGAUACGAAGCGCUCUGCUCCCUGCAGAAGAUCGUAGAUCGGGGCGAUCGCCGUGUCUUGGGCGCUCUGCUGGUGGCGCUGCGGGAUCCAGACCGCGAGGUCUGCUGCAGGGCUGUAGAUGCCAUUUCUUCGCUCUACGACUUCGUUCCGGGGGACCUCACCCUGGUCAUUGCAGUGGCCCAGAUGCUGAUGCAAGAUAGCACCGGGUAUGGCAACAUCAACAACCGGAAAGCUGCCCUGCAAGCACUCCUGCGAGCUUCGGAAGUGGGAGAUGAAGCCAUGGUGGCUGUCUUGGUCCGUCACUUGGAAGCUAUGCGAGAUCUGGGUUUGGAUGCUGGCGCCGGCGAGCGCAAGCUGCUGUUGGAAGCGCUGCAGUGCAUUGUCCCUGAGGAGUGGAGAUCGGAGCUGGAAGAUGCGUUGGUGGCCUCCCUGGAGGAUCCGACCGCUGAGGUCCGAAUUGCUGCCCUCAAGCUUUUGAGCUCUCUAAAUCCGGAGCCUGUGCGCGUUCGGGCAAUCACCAAGCGUCUGCGAGACAGACACCCAGAAGUGAAGGCCUUGGCUGCUGAGGUCUUGUGCACCUGGGGUGAGGAGCCCUUGGGCAUCACCCGAGCCUUUCGACAAGGAGGAAACGAGUAUCGGCUUGGCGAAUGAUGUCAGGAUGCAGGAUCCUCUUACUACCUGGUACCUAUUACUUCUUUUCCACUGCACCUGUUAUGCCCGACAGUUAGCUAUGUACAUAAACAUGGACAGAGCUGCCAAUUUUUGGAUCAACCUGAAGGGUUGUGGGUGGCUCUAGGCCAGCGCCUGGGGCGGCAUGCGGUAUGGCUAAGCCAACUAUGUUGUCUGCAGGGUGCGUCACAAUGAUACCUGAAGUCAAAAGUCACUCAGUGCUGUUGGAUGGGAUGUGUGAGUGCCUGGAAGUAGCCUUGGAGGCUAAUUCACACACUGUAUGGGAGAUUCAAUUAUGGAAAGAUGAGUCAUGAUUCAUGAUCCAAAGGCUUGCGAUUGUCAAAUGGUUUCUGGAGACUUGCCAAGCAAAAACACCAUUGAGCACAUGGAACGCUUGCCAUC